UCAACCUAACCCUGGAGGAUCACCUCCCUCUAAGCAGGCCUGUGUGUUAUCUGGAGUACAGCGGUAGGCCCCUUUGGCUCCAGUUCCAGCUCCAGUCAGCCUGCCUCAGCCCUGCGCAGUCAACCGUCAGCAGCGCCACUGGGUGCAGGGAUAUCCCGAUGAAAGGGGAGGCUGUUCGGGGUGAAGAAUUCAGACAAGAGUUGACUACAGACUCAUCUGUCAUGAGGUGAAGCGGUUACUUAAUUAACCAUCACUCAAAGACAAAAGACUCAGAUGUUGCUGCCAUGUGCCACACUCACACCCAAAGCAGACGAAAAACUCUGAAAGACCUCUUGUCGACUUUCCCUCUGAUUGAGGAAACUUUCAGUGACUCUCCUCCAAGACUCGCAGAUCUCCACCACCACCAUCACCACAGUGUGUCCACCCAGACCCUGCCUUCAUCCUGCAGCACCUUCCUCAUCCUCUCAUAGGACUGGCUGUACUGUCAGUACGGUUCAUUCACAAAUGUCUACCUCACGAUUAAAAGACCCCUCUCCAACACUGCGACCCUGAACAGGAUACAAAAUGACCUCGAGCAUUGACCGGGAUGACAGUAGUAUCUUUGAUGGGUUAAUGGAAGAAGAUGAAAAGGACAAAGCAAAACGUGUGUCCCGUAACAAGUCUGAGAAGAAACGCAGAGACCAGUUCAAUGUCCUCAUCAAAGAGCUGGGCACCAUGUUGCCGGGCAACACCCGGAAGAUGGACAAAUCCACUAUUUUGCAGAAGAGCAUCGACUUCCUGCACAAACACAAGGAAAUUGCUGCUCAGUCAGAGUCAACUGAGAUCAGACAAGACUGGAAGCCUCCUUUUCUUAGUAAUGAAGAGUUCACUCAGCUGAUGUUGGAGGCAUUAGAUGGAUUUUUCCUUGCAAUUAUGACUGAUGGGAAUAUAAUCUAUGCCUCUGAGAGUGUGACGUCCCUACUAGAGCACUUACCUUCUGAUCUUGUGGAUCAGAAUCUGUUGAACUUCCUGCCCAUGGGGGAGCAUUCAGAUGUGUACAAGGUUCUGUCCUCUCAUAUCAUGGAAGGAGAGACACUGACGCCUGAAUAUCUGAAAACAAAAAAUCAGCUAGAGUUCUGUUGCCACAUGCUCCGAGGGACGAUUGACCCCAAAGAGCCCCCUGUGUAUGAAUAUGUCAAGUUCAUUGGAAACUUCAAGUCCCUGAAUAAUGUGCCUAACUGUACCCGAAACAGUUUCGAAGGAGUGAUCCAGAGAUCGCUUCACUCUGCCUUUGAAGACAGAGUGUGUCUCAUAGCAACUGUGAGGCUUGCCAAACCGCAGUUUAUCAAGGAGAUGUGCACUGUAGAAGAGCCUAAUGAGGAAUUCACCUCCAGACAUAGUUUAGAGUGGAAGUUUCUCUUCUUGGACCACAGAGCUCCACCCAUUAUAGGUUACCUCCCGUUUGAGGUCCUGGGUACGUCAGGGUAUGACUACUACCAUGUAGAUGACCUGGAGACAUUGGCCAAAUGCCACGAACACCUAAUGCAGUAUGGCAAGGGAAAGUCCUGCUACUACAGAUUCCUCACCAAAGGGCAGCAGUGGAUUUGGCUUCAGACCCACUACUACAUCACCUACCACCAGUGGAACUCCAGACCCGAGUUUAUUGUCUGCACACACACUGUUGUAAGUUAUGCUGAAGUAAGAGCAGAACAGCGCAGAGAGCUUGGGAUUGAAGAAUCACAACCUGAGAUUACGGCAGACAAGCAGUGCCAGGAUUCAGGCUCCGAGUCUCAGCUCAACACGUCCAGCCUGAAGGAGGCUCUAGAGCGCUUCAACCACAGCCGGACACCCUCGGCCUCGUCUCGCAGCUCACGCAAAUCCUCGCACACCGCUGUGUCUGACCCAGCCUCCUCACAGAUGAAGCUUCAGGCUGACAGGAGUACACCAGGUCGCCAGUCUGUCUCCGCUAUGGAGGUGACAUCACAGCGAAGAUCGUCUAUCAGCAGUCAGCAGUCGAUGAGCUCCCAAAAUACAGGACAGAACAUGGCACCAUCCAUGGUGUCACAACAACAACAACAACAACAACAACAGCAGCAGCAGCAGCAGCAGCAGCAACAGCAACAGCAGCAGCCUCAACAGCAGCCUCAACAGCAGCCUCAACAGCAACAACAAGUUCAGACCAGCGGUCAAUCAAUGGUGCAGUUCUGCAACCAGCUAGAAGCCAUGCAAAACCUGAAAGAGCAGCUGGAGCAGAGGACCAGGCUGAUCGAGGCCAACAUUCAGCGGCAGCAAGAUGAGCUGCGUCAGAUCCAAGAGGAGCUGCAGAGAGUGCAGGGACAGAGCCUGCAGAUGUUCUUACAAAAAGGAGCCGGAGGACUAAAUCUGAGCUCGGUUCAGAUGGCCCAGGGGAACGCUGUGCAGCAAGGGGGAACACUCAGCAUGCAGGGCCAGGUGGUGUCUGCGGGGCCUCUACAGAACAGCAUACAGCAACAACAUGCUGUUCAGCCCCAGUCCCAGCAACAAACACUCCUGCGGGAACAGAGCACAGCGCUCUCACAGUCUCAGCGGUCGUCUCUCACUCUGCAGCCACAACAAAAUGCACUGCCUGCGUCUCUCUACAACACAAUGAUGAUCCCUCAGCAAAGCCCUAGUAAUGUGGUCCAGAUUGCCACUAGCCUGGCUCAAAAUACUGGACACAACACACCUGCUGUGGCUACAUUUGCACAGGACCGUGCCGCUCAGAUUAGGUUUCCUGCUGGUCCUCAGCUGCUCACCAAGCUAGUGACAGGGCAGAUGGCAUGUGGGGCAGUCAUGGUCCCCACAACCAUGUUUAUGGGCCAAGUGGUGACGGCCUUCGCUCCUCAGCAGGGCCAGACCCAGACCAUCAGCAUUGCCCAGCAGCCACAGCAGCAGCAACAGCAACAGCAGCAGGAGCAGCAGGUACAGCAGCAGUCACAGGUCACAGCCAUGCAGCCAGGGCAAGGUCCACUGGCCCAGCAGCAAACACAGUUCCUACAGGGUCCUCGGCUUCUUCAUGGAAACCAGUCCACUCAGUUGAUCCUGCAGGCAGCGUUCCCUUUGCAGCAGCAGGGUACCUUCACUGCCACAACCCAACAGCAGCAGCAACAGUUACAGCAGCAGCAGUUACAACAACACCAACAUCAUCAACAGCAGCAGAAGCAAUUACAACAGCAGAAACAGCAGCAACUGGCCCCUCACAGGGCAGAUAGCUUGUCUGAUCGCUCUGCUACGCAGCCACAGUAACUGGCUAAAGCCAAUCAGAGGUGGAAUGAGCCAAACCCAGGCGUGGGUGUCUUUGUUACGGGGGUCUAAAGAGGAGUUCUGCUGAAAGUUCGGCACUGAGACCAUGCCUCAGAGGCUGAGAAGUAAUUGGAUGGGCAGGCUGUGGCUUCCGUCCCCUCACAAGGAUCUUUUGCUGUUUGCACUUACCUCCUGAGCACAGAGUGCUGCAGAGAACCAAGGACUGGGCCCACUGUGGCUCUGGCAGCAGGAUUUGGCUCUGGGUCAAAGCCUUUUCUCCAAGAAAACAGGGAGCCACAAUCCCUGUAAUGGACUCCCCCUCACAUCCCUCCCCUGGCCUUUUCCCUGUGUGUUUAGUUUGUGUGCAUGCGUGUGUGUGUGUGUGUGUAUGUGUGUGUGUGUGUGUGUGUGAGCUCUAGUCCCCUUCACAGGAUUAUUUUAUGCAGAGCUCUCUAGUUAAUGCAGCGAAGCUUCUGUCAAGCUUCAAGGACGUCCUGCAGAACAGCCAGAGGCUUGUUUGUUUUGGAUGUUUUCUCCUAUUCUUGUUUUUCAUGUAAAAAUAAUUAUGGGUCAGAAAAUAUUUUUAAGAAUGUGGUGUAGAUUGAACUUUUACUGUACAGAACAUUAAGUGUAAUAUAUUAUGUAAAUAUAAUGAAAAAGAAAGAACUAAUAUUUUAUAUGAUGCAUGAAAUGAAAUGCGUAGUCUGUUAUUUGCAGCUUUGAAUAUGCUUUUUUUCUAGUACUCUAAGAAAAAAAGAUCUUAAAAAUGCUCAGUGGCUGAUAUUUUCACAGACUUCCUUUCUCCUAUGGGACGUGUUUGUGAGUCUGCAUAGCAGACUAUGCCGAUGCUGCUUGUUGUGUCACAGUUUGUUUAAUCCUUGACCCACAUUUUCACAGAUUUUCAUAUAAUUGUCAAAAAGAUAGGGAAAUGUUUUAAAGUAUUUCUAAGCUUUUUAAAAUGUGUUUAAAAUCCACACACUAAAGACUUAACACAAACAUUGUGAAUGAAGACUACGGUUAUAUGUAUGCAACAAAAAGAUUUGCCAACAUAAUCCUUCAUAUUCUUACUUCUUCAUUUUUAGCACUUCAGCUGCCAUUUCAGAGCCACCUAUAAUGCCUGUAUGGUACGGUUUCUUCAAUCUAUAGAUAUUUAUCCCUUCAAAUAUAUUGAAAUUUAAAAAUGUACAACCUGUAGUUAAUAUUCUCAGACUAAGCUUGAGGAGAAUGAGUUGUGUUAGCAUCGGGCUAAUCAAAUGCUUUCCUCUGGUUCUUUAGCUGCUAAUUGCUCCAUUAGGUUCACCAGCUAGUUGCUAACCGUCUGUCUGCUGAUUGGUGCUGGACAGACUGUGUACAGUGGGUUGUAAAGUGAGUUUUUCCACUGCAAGCUGCCUGCUGCUGCCAAACACAGCGCUGUGAGAGCUGUGGGAGGGAACCAAAAUGGUAAAAGUUGCAUCAGGAAAACCAAAAUAAUGAGCUGAAAGAUGCUAAAAAGCUCUGUAAAGCUGAGGGAAACUGCAAAGCCCAGAAACAAUUGCUCUGUGGGGUCAUCAUUGAGCAACCCCUUUUACAUGCAGACAGUCAUGUGAUCCAUUGAUUAUAGCAGCUUUAAAAAUAAUAAUGGAUACAGGAUACUGUGGGAGACAUUAUAAGGCAAAAUCCACAGAAAACACAUAAAGACUGUUUUUUGCAAAUUCCUAGUUAAUUGGAAGUAUACGCUUUCAUGAGCUUUUUAAUAGUUGGAACACACCUUCCUUCCUUAUUCAGUACUAUUUGAAAAUGGGGACCACCAUCGUGUCUGCUCAAUGAAAGACACUGUUGUCAAAACUCAAGGCGACACUGAGGAGAUUACAAUCUCGCUAAAAACGUAGACCCCCUCCCAGCCUCCUCACCAUCUGAUCUAAUUCACGGUCAGAUGGUAUCAGGCAGACAACUCGACCCAUUCUUCAUCCGUGUGAAAUGACUGGCUGAGCUCAACACAUGACUGGUCUGGUGAAAUACAUACAUGGUCAGUCUUUGACCUUUGGCCCAAGGCAUCUGGGGCUACCAUGUGCACUUAAUAGUGUGCAUCUGGUAAUGUUUGAAUAUGGCGUUCAUAAAGGGGAGAUCCAGAAAUUAGCACUUCAGUUGUAAAGAUAGAGUAAUACAUAUUGUUAUUGUCUUACUUCAUGCCUUCAGUUUGAAGCACAGAAAGACACAUUAUUCAUCCACUGUGCGAAAUGUGAGUGGUGCACCAUAGAAGACAUGCUUGGAUUCAGCCUUGCCUUGAGUAGCAAUGGACAAAUGCUAUAAAAACUAAUUUGUGGCUCACUGCUUUGGGAUAUUGGACCCAUAAAUUGGCACACCCAAGCAGCCUUUCUAAGAGGUUAAAGUAACUCAGUUUGGAUUUGUCAGGGGAAAAAUAAACGAUCACAUGCAACAGCUGCUGUUUCUAUUGUGAUAGGCCCAAAGCCCAGCUCAGCUUGUGCGUUUGAACAUGCAGAAAAAAUUGGUUUGAUAAUUUAACCUUAAUUACUUCCCUGGCAUUACGAUGCUUUAAUUUAACUCCAAAGCUGUCAAUGUCUGUUUCCAAUGUUUAGAGAGUGGGAUUGUCAUUUUAUUAGGGAAUCACUCCCAAUGUGUGUUUAACUUUUGAAUCACUCAUUUCAGAGUACAUUUGACUUGCAUCAUAUUUAUGUGAUUGGUCUUUUUUUUUAAAGUGGUUGUCAUGUUGCCUUUGUUGGUUAAAGUUGUCAUUGCAUAAAUAACUGGUUAUUUUAUGGUACAUGCCCAUGUGGAGUAUGGAGUUCCCUUUGGAGUCUACAUUAUAGUCACAUGCUAUAUGCAGCGUCAAGAUUACAUCAUGUUUUGAGUAUGGCCACUUAAUUCAUCUAUUCACUCAUUCAUUUUUCACAUUUCAGUGAAGACAUCUAAGGGACUGUACAAACAUGAUUGGGAAGGGGGGCUGAACCUUAUGAUGGACUCCCUCCAAGGGUUUUAUUAAUCAGUUUGGACCCUCACCACGACUUCAAACCUGGUUUUAAAUGUUAAUGGGACAAAACGUUUUACGUAACCCAAAUGGGAUUUUUACGUAGCAGAAGAGGAAUGAAAUUAGCAGUUGCCAAAACAACAUAAAUUGUGCAACAGAUCAUUCCAGCUGUUUUCCAGAGCUUCAAAAUUAAAUAAUUAUAACCAGUAUCAAUGGAUGAGUGAACAUGGUGCAGUUAGCAGCUCUGUCAUAUUUUAUCUUCACCCAUCAGUAGUACUGGUUAGGUUGUGCUAAACAUGUCUUAUAUCUAUAUGACACAUUUACGUAUUGCUAAAACAUCCCUUACUAAUGCUAAUAAUCCACAUCUACUGUUUCUAAAACCUGACAUAUUGGUCCUACUAGUAGAUAAUAAAGUGCUGUUACAGGGGGCAGAAGGCACCAUAUGAUCCACAAGGCACUUUUGACUUACAACUAAUUAUACUUUAGCAAAAACAAUAAAUCCCUAAUCCUCCCCCCUUUUCUGAUCUCACCUUCCCCUCUAAUUAUUUUUGUACAGUCCCUAAUACCAGCUUCCUCCACUGUGUUGUUUCUGUACUGCAUACAGUUCCAGAAAGACUACAUCUAGUUAGAGUAGGCCUCAUAGUCUGGACCUUUACACAGCACUCCUCUGUUAAAAAUCAGUUGUGGUGGUGCAACACAUAUCAAUAUUUAAAUAAGAAUACAGUUCUCUGCUAAACACUUAGAGACCUGUAGAGUGAACCUGGUCCCGUGCUACAUGCAAGCAGCACUCGAGUGUGACACAAGUGGUGCAAUAUACCUACAAGAAUGUAAUUAAAUAUCAUUAACAUGAGUAUUUUGCAUGAGGAGCCGUGUGGCUGUGGGAGACCUUGCACAAUGUAUGAUAGGACAUGCAGUAAAUAGAGAGAACUAUUAGAGAAUUAUUUUUCUAUCGCCGGAAUAGACCUCAUUAAGCUACCAUACAUAUGUGACAUCAAACACAGUAACAACACUGCUUUAAAAUGUGAAAACCUAAAAAUCAAGUAACAUGGAGGAUCUAAACGAACUGUGACAUACACAUAAAGACUGUUGAACCUAUUGCCCCCAGAAAGAGUGGGUUACCUGUGAGUUUAUGGAUAUGCAAGACUUUGUAUCAAAUGUAAGGGUCUUUACCGCCGGUCGAAAUGUUUUCCUCCAUGCAGGAAGUUGUUGGAACCGACACGAUGUUUUUAAAAGACAAAGUUAUUAGUUGGUCAUUGCCAAGUCACAGAAUCAUGAGGGAAAAUGUUUUGUUAUCCAAAGAGAGGGAAACCCAAGAAGGCCAGCCCUAAGUGAAAGGACACAGUGCAUUGUGUUAAAUGUUGUGUAGUUCUGAUGUACACACUAGAAACUCUGAAUGUCUAUUAGUGUUCUCUCUCCGUUUUGAGUUCAUGUUUGUGUGGCGUUAAUUGUUUGGCUCAUGAAAUUUAAUGCUGCAGUACACUCAACAACAACGGCAAAAAAACCACAAACUAAACACCUGGUUAAGUUAAGGGUUAAUCCACAUGAAUCCCACAGAGUGGCCAAACCUGAAUCUGUGACGCCAGAGACCCGCUCUGACGUCACAGAUUCAGGUGUGCCCUGCAGUGAGAAACGGUUUGGUAUCGUUUGAAAUGUUUGCCACCAUUUUGCAAUAAAGCUCCUUUUAUAACUUGUAACUAAUGGCUUUAUUAAUGAAUAGAAAGACAUUUACUAAUGCUUUAUAAGCCAAUAAUAAGAAUAACUUUAGGUUGCCAGGCUGUGAAAACUUCCUUUGGCUUCCUGAGACCGUUUAACCACAGCAGCUGACUUGAUGGUUUAAAACACCAUUUAAAUAUCUUACGAGCACUUACAGCUACAGAUUUGAUGGAUUAACACAUAAAUGACUUAUUAACAUGUAUUACUGCAUUGUUACCAAAGCCAAAGGGUAAACACUGUAAGCCCGCAACUAAUUAUUAUUUUCAUUUUUCAUGAAUCUCCAUCACAAUUUCCCAGAGCUCAAGGUAAGAUCUUCAAAUGUUUUGUUGAAAAUCUUUAAUUUACCAUACAAAGCAGACGAGUAGAAAGGCAGCAAAUAACGCCUGUGUUUACCCUACUACUUUGUGUCAAAAUUGCUGCUGUGAAAAAGGUCUCUUGGCAAAUGUUUGACAUUUCUGCUUGAAUGAAUGACUGAAGAGUAACGGUAUUAACUGUUAAUCUAAUAUUAUUAAAUCAUUGAACCAUUAAUAAAGCCAUUAGUUACAACUCGCCAUUUUUAAAGGACGGCCUUAUUAAAAUAAUUUUUGAUUCUGACCUACAUGCUACUCUGUAGAUUUCUCACUGAAAUCUUAAGUUUCUAUUUUCCUGCUGAGAUACAAUGAUUGAAGAUCCACUACUGCCACCUACUGUUCAGCUUUAGGCUCCUUAACUGCAGUUAAACUUAUAUCAAACACUACAUUCUUGGAAAUGAUGUGAAACUGGUGUGUGGGGUUGCACUUUCUCAAUAAACAAUCCCAUAAUGCAUUAUAAAUCAUGCUAAGAGCUCUUUUCACAUGUGUGUGUGCCUGCUACCUUGCAUUCAUUUCUUGAGCCAAACCAUUCAUAAAUUAAAACAUAACCUUUUAAGGCAAACGUAUCCAUCGUUUGCCCCCCUUCAAUUUGAAAAUAAAACUAAUGAAGUGUC